AUUUCACUCAUGCAUUACAUCAUGGAGGUGCUGCUCCUUCCUCCUGCAUAUCAUUCUCCGCACCAGGUGACCACCAGCAUGGCCACCAGCAACCUCACGACAGUCAUCAAGAACAUGAGGAUCCUAGCAUCUUUCAGCAACUCUAUGAUGCACCGCAGUUGAUUCGAAGAUGGAAGCAUCGUUACCGAUCUGCGUCUUUGAUGUCCACAGACAGAGGUAGUGAACGCAACCAUAUGGAUAGAGACGCGGAAGGGUCAUGCUCUUCUUCAGCCUGUGGACGUAGCUCUAGAGCGAUUUCACCAUCACCGUCGCCACCAAGAGGAUCGCAACAACUAGAUGCGAUUGAAGAAAAGAGUC